AUGGAUCCUAGACAUAGAGCGAUUCUUCAGCGAUACAGAAACAAACUUGUGGAGCUUUUAAAUCCGACUGAUAUCUGCGAUGGGCUUCUGACACGGGGCAUCUUCACCCAAGACAUGAUCGACGAGAUCCGGGGGUCUGGAACCAGACGCGAUCAAGCUAGACAGUUGGUUAAGGAUCUGGAAACGAGAGGGAGUCAGGCUUUCCCAGCGUUUCUGGAGUGCCUUCGUGAAACUGGGGAUCCUUUGUUGGUGGAUCUCCUACAAGGUGGAAACCCCUCCACACACCCUGUGUCCACUCCUGUGCGGCCGGUUCCUAUGCCAGUACCUAUCUACACUCCAACUGACACAGACAAGUGUGACAGAGGUGAUGUCAUUCCUCCAAGAGAAGUGCCACUGUAUCCAGAGAAACUGGCAAAACCCAUCCCUUCUAGCCCAUGUGAGUCUACAUUUAAGAGUGAGGGGAGACAGAGACGCGACAGCAUCCAGAGCUAUAAAAUGGAUGCUAGCCCAUGUGGACUCUGCCUGAUCAUAAAUAAUGUGGAGUUUGACCCCCUCUCUGACCUGAAAGAUCGUAAAGGCUCUGACAUCGACUGUAACAAGCUGGAGAGGAGAUUCAAGUCUCUCAACUUUGAAACUGUUGUGAAGAGGAACCUAAAAGCAAAACACAUAAGGCAUGAAUUGUCAACGUUAGCUAAAAGGGAUCAUUCUGCAUAUGACUGUUGUGUGGUUAUCAUUCUCUCUCAUGGGACUGAGGCAAGUCAUAAUCGUUUUCCCGGAGCCGUGCAUGGAGUGGAUGGCCCUUCAGUUCCAGUUCAGAUCAUCACAAACUACCUCAAUGGCCAGAACUGCCCAUCACUGCAGGGAAAACCUAAACUCUUCUUCAUUCAGGCUUGUGGAGGAGGUGAGAAGGACAUAGGAUUUGAAGUAACACCGGAUGAGGUGAAGCCCUCAUUUGGAGGCACAGAUGACCAAACAGACGCCAUUCCCAUGUCCUCCAGCAGUGACUCUCUCAGCAUGUCUGAUGAGCCAGAUGCCAGGGCCUCUCUGCCUACACCCAGUGAUAUCCUGGUGUCUUAUUCCACUUUCCCAGGCUAUGUUUCAUGGAGGGACACACAAACUGGCUCCUGGUAUGUGGAAACCCUGGAUCAAAUACUGGAGGAAAAUGCUGCCACUGAUGAUCUGGUGACCAUGUUAAUGAUGGUGAACAACGAAGUCUCUCAAAUCUCUGCUAAAGGCCUUUAUAAGCAGAUGCCUGGAUCUUUUAAUUUCCUGCGAAAACUUCUCUAUUUCCAAGCUAAGAAGACCUGA